AUGGACGAAGAUCCAAACAACAACUCGGCCUUCCUGGCCAAAAUCCCCAUCGAGAUCAUCUCGCACACCCUCUCGUUCCUCCCCGACAAGAAAUCACUUCUCAACUCGAUCCUGACCUGCCGGGACUUCAACAAUGCAUACAACCUUCGCAAGACCUACAUCGCCUCUUCCAUCCUCAUCAGACCCAUGCACCAGAGCGUCUACGAAGAGGCCGUCAUCUUCUACCACCUCACCCGCGAGCAGUGGCACGGCGCUCGAGCUGGCAUUCAGGCUAUCCACCGCGUCUUUGCCAAGGAGCGUACGCUCGAUGAAGAGCAGCUACCCGUUAACCAGCGAAUGAAUAUGGAGGGUAUCAAGGAUAUGCAUUUCUUCCACGACAACGUCGAGUGGUGGGCCAACAGAAUCACCACCAACCUCAAGCGAGACCAUCCCGUUCUCAUGGGCGAUGACUCCCCUUUCCAGCUUACGCCAGCUGUCGUCAACCGCUUCAAGCGGGCUAUUUACCGUCUCUACAUGUACAUCAAUGUCAUGGACAAGGCCAUCGCUUCAGCUUGUGCUGACAACGGGGGCCACAACCAUCCCAUCCCUGAAGCCGAGCGAGAGGGGGCACACUAG